UGGUCGACAUCCCGAGAAACGUCAGGAGAUAAAAACAAACCACCUUUUUCUGAAUGAGAAACGUCUCAUGUAAUGGCCUAAUUAAAACAAUUAAAAUAAUAAUUUAGCCAUUCUCGGCCGAAAUUAUUCAUUGGUGUCAAUGUAAAUUAAUAACUUUAUACGUGCAGCCUUUUCAUAUUUCCAGUAUUCAUUAUAAAGUUUCUUGGCAGAUGACAAAAUACUACGAUGUGUACUACAAUAAGUCCAGAGGAUUUUGAUUUUAUAGAGAACGAGUUGAAAUUUGACGAUAAAGUAUCCCUAUUGUUUAUCCUAUUCGGCCACCGAAACCCAAAGUACCUGCUGCAAGCGCUAUCCAUCGGCAGCCAAACCCCGGAGGAAGAGACACACAUUCUAUUCGAUUUGACUUCUUGUGCAGCGAAUGACGAAUGGCAAUCAGAAAUUCUGGAAGCAUUAGCGAUCAUUCAAGCAAAUCUUUGCCUGCUAAAGUGUGGCUUCGAUGAGACCGACCUCAAGGAAAGAUUUCUGCCCCAUCUGACAGAACUGGCAAGUUUUGUACACCCUGUACUGAAGGGAUUGUACCUACUUUGUGAAAAACUAGAUGACAGAAACGCUAAAAAACUAUUGAACUACCUAAAACAGAAUUAUUCCUUUUCUGUCGUGGACCACAGGUACUUCGAGAUGGCUCUACUGGAUCUGCUUUGUCAUGGUUUGAUAAAACUUGGAUCAGCACUCACUGGCGAGGAGUGUGAUCUUUUGAUUUUGACAGCUGCAUUCAAAACGCUCGAGCUUUAUGAAUUAAGUGAGUUUUGUAAAACUAUUGCCAACAAUUUCAACAAAGAGUUAGUUCUGUCACGAAAUCAAUCGGAUAACGUGAAAGAAUCGCAGGUUUUCAAACAAAUUCCUGAGGUACAGUCUAAAGAUGAGCUUCAGGAUAUUUAUUACAUAUCGAAACAAAACGCGGGAAUAAUAUUAAUAAUCAAUCAGUUUACAUUCUAUCGUGAAACCAAUCAAGAGCUAGCAGAAAUGCUACCGAUUAAACCGUUAAACAAUCGCCGGGGAACCGAGGUUGAUAAGUUAGCAAUUUUGAACCUGUUUCGCGCCUUUGGCUACAACACUAUUGUGGUCGAAAACAUAACCCACACGGAAAUCUUGAAACAGGUUGAAAGUGCAGUAAACGAGAUCAAAUCUUGCCAUUGCUCCCUGGUAGUAUGCUUGCUGUCGCAUGGUCAAGAGGGAAAAGUGUACGGUAGCAACAGUAUCCCCGUUAGCGUUAAAUCAAUCGAGAAGGUGAUGGCUGCGGAAAAACUAACUGGGAAACCAAAGCUUCUCUUUGUGCAAGCUUGUCAGGGUUCCGACCUUCAGGCAGCAGUCGAAAUUCCUAGGUUGGAGAAAGAUGGACCCUCGACGGAAAAGACGGCCUCGGUGUUUGUGGACUUUUUAGUUGCCUGGUCGACUGUGCCUGGGUUUGCUUCGGUGCGCCAUAUCGAGAAAGGUUCAUGGUUCAUUCAGGAAUUGUGUUUGAAGCUACGGCAACUACAUGCUCGUAACCAUCUAAUGGAUAUUCUAACAGCUGUGAUAAACGAUGUUUCCAGUAAGAGAGGCUAUGGGAAUGAAUGCAUGGUCCCUAUCAUUUAUAGUACACUAAGGAAAAAGCUUCACUUCGAACCGUUGGACACAAAAUAAUUUCUUUUAUAGUCCAUGUUUAUUGGAAGACUGUUUAAUUUCUUGUAAAUAUAUGUAUUUAUGUAUACUAAAA